AGUUCUAUACUUUCCCUUACGCUGAUUCUAUGGUUCGCCGGAAGAAGGUCGGAAAGGAGCGUUUGGAUCGCUUCUAUCAGCUUGCUAAGGAGCAGGGCUAUCGCGCACGAUCAGCGUUCAAACUGAUCCAGCUCGAGAAGAAAUACGGCUUCCUCAAGAACGCCAGAUCAUGUGUGGAUCUCUGUGGUGCUCCUGGAGGGUGGAGUCAGGUAGCAGUAAAGCAUAUGCCUGCAAACUCGAAGGUCAUAUGUGUCGAUUUGAUGCCGAUAAAACCGAUAAAGGGGGUGGUGACCAUGCAAUGUGAUAUAACAACACAGAAGUGCAGGCAGUUCCUGUUGAAGGAGCUCAAUGGUACUCCUUGUGAUGUUGUAUUGAAUGAUGGUGCACCUAAUGUGGGUGCGAGUUGGGCUAAGGAUGCUUACAACCAGGCUGAACUGUGUCUAUAUGCUGUGCAUCUAGCAGCGGACAUGCUCAGGAAGGGAGGUACCUUCGUCACCAAAGUCUUCCGAUCUUCUGAUUACAACAGUCUUUUGUGGGUUUUCCAACAGCUGUUUGAGAAGGUUGAGGCGACCAAACCCACCGCUUCUCGUAACGUCUCUGCUGAGAUUUUCGUUACUUGUAAGGGCUUCAAGGCUCCAGCGAGAGUUGAUCCUCGAUUGUUCGAUCCGAAGUGGGUGUUUAUGAUGGAGGGAGAUGAGCAGGAGAAGGCGGCUGUUGGAGAGGAGGAUGAGGAGGAAAUUACUGGCAAGAAAGCUGGUAGCAGUGGGGCAGCGGCUCUCAAUGACUACCUCAAGUCGGCUAUGAAGAGACGUAGAGGGGGGUAUGAGGAUGAGUCGGAACUAUUCUCAACUGCGACGGUUGCGGAGUUCAUAGCCUCUCCUGCUCCGGCAGAGGUCCUCAUCAAGAGGAGCAAGCUCGUGUUUGCGACGGAGGAUUGUGAGGCGAUAAGAAAGUCCCCCUAUACGACCCCGGAGAUAUUGGAUUAUAUGAGCGACUUGAAAGUGCUGGGGAAAGGAGAGCUCAUGGCUUUGCUGAAGUGGCGUAUGCGUAUUAGAAGCUUGUGUGUUAGGGAUCGUGAGAAGGCAUCUAAGGUGGAUCAAGAGAGCGAAGGAGAGGAGGAUGAGGAAGAUACUCUUGCAAACGCUCGGCCUGGCAAGUCUGUCGAUGAUGAACUGGCAGCAUUGUUGAGCUCUCGUCGAAGGGAGGAGAAGGCUGAGCUGAAGAAGCAAAGGGAGAGGACUAAGAAGCAGGAGAUGAGGAAGAAGAUGUCCCUAGGUAGUGCCUAG